GUCGAUCGUAGACGUCGCUGUUGCUGGGCAUCGGUGCUGAUGAUAACUUCUUUUUACUUCGGUGCCUCGAGGGCAGGGUCGCUGGUUUCACGUCAAUGAAAAAGAAAAUUUUGAUGAUGUCUCUGCUAUUUCUAUUCGCGAAAAAGCCACACUUUCUUUGUUGCCCUAAGAGACUGAGAAAAAUGAAGCUUGUUCCAGGUUGUACGACAGCACUAUUGUCUUCCAACUGACCAUUUUGUUUCUUUCUUGUCGAUAUGACUUGUGAAGUUGAAACGUGAGCACCUCCGGGUCUGCUAGUAUCAUGAGCAAGGCUGCAGCGGUACUUCGGUUUGGCGCUGGAGGUCUCGUUACGGUUACCGCGAUUCUCGUCUUCGCGUGCAGCUGCUAUCAGCCGAUCGUUCUUGCCGUCCACCAGCCUUCCUCAACUAGAUCACCUGUCCUGGGACAUGAUGAGAAGAACGCUGUGGCAGGAACUCGGACUUUGCAUGAUGACAUCCAGGUGCAUCCAGCGGAUGUACUAGAACAUCCGACGACUCCACCGAAAACAAGAAGAGUUUCCGUUGAUCACGAGUCAGAUGAUGAAGGCCAGCGAUUUCCUGAAGCGCAUACAUCGGGUAGGCCUGGAGGUCGUUCAGUUUCGACUGCAACAGAAGAAGCUGUGGUGACUUCGUCAUCGAAGGCGGUCAUGAACGCAGUUAACAGCCCUAUCCAUAAGGGUGUGGUUCCGCAACACGAUGCGCACAAAGGAGUCAACGCCAUUGAAGUCCCGAAGGAGGAGGUCCUGCACCGUUUUAAUGCUGACAUAAAGCGAAAAACACUCGACAAGGAACACGUCGACGCACAAGAGGAUUCACUUCCAGACAUCAACCUGGCGCAGUUACACGCAGAGGAGCGUCAGGGACGCCUCAGCGGUGAUGCGCGAACCGAAGCUGCUGACCUGAUGACUCGCGUCUUGCUGUCGGCGAAAAAACAUCUUGCGUAUCCGUUGUUUCCGAACGCGAUGGUAACUCAGCAUCUGCUUUCUAUCCACGACGGGCCAACCUCCUCCACAUUGCAGCUGCACGGACUCCAACAGACGAAAACGUCGGCAAAAACAAAAUCAAAGCAGACAGAUUCUGUGGAGAAGAACGAGAAGGAACAAGAAGUGAGGAAGAAUCUGGAAGAGGAAAGGCAUGCUCGAGGAGAACAAGAGCCGCUAUCCAGCAGUGAUGAACUACAGGUGCGGACGGGGCAGCAAGAGCAUCCUGAGAGAGUGGAAGAUGCCACUAAAAACGGGGCCUCGAUGACGUACACCAACUCCGCAACUCAGCCGGCCUCGUCUCACUUGGAAACACGACAGGCCACCACUGGCACCAGCGAAGGUGGUGUCAUCUACGACGGCCAUGAUUAUAAGCGCUUCAACCCGGCAGAGGGCAAGGAGCGUGCGGACGAACCUUUAACGCCACUGCGUGCCACUCAGCUUCAGCAGCUCUUCAAGAAAUGUGGCUGGAGUGCUCCAGAUACGCUGAAAGACGAGGCUGGCAAGGACAAGUUCAUUCAGGAACACUUUCAGACGUUCGUUGGCCGCGAUUUGCGUAACGCGUUCACCUCUCCUGUGGCCUACGCGGAGCUUCCACGUGAUCUGAGCACACGAUCAAAGCGAACCGUAUUUGUGCGUAUUCUACACGAACAGGCUGACAUAUUCUGCGAGUCGAUAAUUCUCCAUUCUCCAGGCAUCGACGUCAACGAGGGGUCUGCGGCUUCCGCUGCGGCAUCCCAGAGCACAAGCUACAAUUAUGCACAGGAACAGGGACAACGUCAUCUCUUACUCUGUCUAUUUGGUCAAGUAAUUGUUGGCAAAUGUCAUUCCGUCACCAUCGUUUCCUCAUCUUCAAAUUCAUUUUUGUACUCGUAGUGUGGCUGUUCCGUGGUUAGCUCAAUUCGACAACAGCCGGGUAAUGAACUGGUUUUGAUCUUCUAAUAUAGCUCUCGCCAGAAUGGUGUCGCUGGCGCCGGCGGGAACGAUCCGACGGUAUUUGACAGGCACGCAGCACGCCAGCCUCGUUUCCGAGAAAACGCAUGCAUCCAGAGCGCAGAACGAAAAAUGGUGUGCCGUAACGCAUUAUGACUACUCCACCAUUGUCACAUUGUUAUUCAGUAAAAUCAGGAACAAGAUCAAGACUGAGCGAGUUCAUCGCCCUCUUGCCCUUCCACCUCAUUUGUUAACAGUCCCGAGUCGUCCGUCCUCACAAGAUUAUUGAGUAGGUUUGUGAUCAUGCGGAUGCUCAGGUGAUAUUUAAUUGCAGCAAGAGCUUCAGUUUAAUUAGCUACACGCCACCCUUGAGAAAUAGAAGUGAUGGAAAAAUGUAAGUAACCCUCGAGGAACACAAUGAUGAUCUUCAUGUUUUUUCUUUCAUGUGUCUUCGGGGAGGAUCUUGGUCGGUACGUGUUGGCCAAUUCGCAGCACACACAAAACCUGAAGCACCGUUACGCUGGCCAGCACUUGACGGACGGCGAUCUUACGAAUCCGAAGUCUCUCGCGUUGCUGCCAAUGUUCGGCAGCAGCACAGAGGAGAUUUUUUACACGACCCCAAGCGAGACGGGUGGCGGCUCCUAUUGCGGGAUGUCCCGAACCGAACUGGUUGAAAAAUUCAACAGUGAAGACAUGCGAAAGACAGUGCCGACGAAGCACGAAACACUGCCACAUCCAAUCACGGCAGAUGCUAGUGCGGCUGCCUCAAGUUCAGCGUCUGCUGCACUGCAAAGAAGACAAAUAGGGAGCACCACUCUUCUGCAUGAAAGUAAAGUAGGAUAUAUUCCGAAGGACGACGCCGGUCAGGAAGAUGAACAGGAUGGGGAUGCGGAAGAUGUGGAGGAAGAGGAGGAAGGUGAUAACGGAGAAGACAACAACGAUUCCGAAGAAGAACAGGAUGAAGACGAGAACAACGAAGAUGCAGAUGGCAGCCCUCCCGUAGCGGCCGCCCCUACGUCGUUUUUGCAAAAUACUGCCACGACAACUUCCAAAGUAUCUGCAUACCAUGGCAAUGCCGCAGUGUCAUCAUCCUUUAUCGGAGCGUCAGAAGGGAAUUCGAAGAAGGUCAUCGAUUACCAGCACGAUUUCUACAAGAUUGCCGACUACGAGAAAGCGUGCGAGCAGAUGUGUCCGGAUGAACGCCACAAUAAUCUUUUGGAUGUGCAGCAGGCGGCGAAGAAUGAGAUUACUCCGGACGGCAUCUGGAUGUGCGUAGCGGCGCUUCGGUUCGACCAAUGUAAGCACAAACCCAUCGACAAGAGUACGGGUGUGCUGGACACCGCAGAGGCGUCUCAUCGGGAAAUCCACGAGCUGGCACCGGUUGGCGCCGACUGCUUCCUCGAGUACCUCCACAGCAUGCUCUUGCUGGGCCGUAAGUUGGGACAGCUGCAGCUGCCGACGCCGGAGGCUAUCGAGACGCAGCUCGAAGAGAUCCAGGCAGACACGGCGAUGAAGUUGCAAGCCGACUGCAAGGAUUGGCUCGGCCGCGAGAGCUACAGCGUAGGCCCGGUAGCGGGCAUCCAUGCGCAAAUCUGUGACAACGGUGCCGUGCUUGGGGGUAUUGCAGUUGCGAGCGCCGAUGCGAUGGGAGGUCCUGGGGUACCCGGAGAGCAGCAAGCUGGAGGUUCUACGACGAGCGGCUCAGGCGGUUCAUCCGGGUCGGCAAGUUCCGCGGUGGUCAACACACCAAUAAUUACCAGUUCCUCUGCUGGAUUCUUUCCCGACCAGAGCAAUGAGUUCAUGGCGUUAAAUGCGCGGUUCAGCAUUUUGGAAAGGAAGUCAUACCACAUUUUUCUCCAACGUGAAUGUGCGAGCGUGCAGCGCCGUUCGCCUCCAUGGUUCGAGCCACAGAUUUGGCACCUGCAGGUGGACCGACCCACUGUGCACUGCUCCUUGCACCGCGUGCAAGCGCGACAGGCGCGCACGGACUUCAUGAUUCGCCAGUUCAACAAGCUGCCGGACUACUUGAGCAAGAACUUUAUCGCAAAAGUGCUUCUGAACGAGCUGGACGACGCGUCUGUGAGCGAGAUGCUCGGAAUCUCCCGCCCUACGCGCCAGGCGCUGCAGAAGCGUCCUCUAACGGCGACGAUGGUGACAUCGGAAUUGCUGAACAAUUUUCGCGAGACUAUCAACAAGAACCGUGAAGGCGCGAAGCAAACGGCGCUGCAGGGUGAGGAACAUCUAGACGUGCUUUUCGCGCGCUUUCUGGCUAGGCCAGAUUUAUGGCCGCAACAAUUCUGGACAAGCUAUGCGUCUCCGGAACGCAUGGCGGCCUAUCAUCAGCGCAAACUGAUCUACCUCAAGCAGUGCAAGAAGUUAGGUCUGCCGUUGGCUUUUCGCGACGACAUCGACCCUAACAGCGCCACAGGCUGCACGCGAGAGACGAUAAAGCUCCAGCUACAACUACGAGCCGACGAGUUUCGAAUGAACAAGGUUAAGGCUCCUUCUGGAUUUGAUUUUGAUUUUAUCUGUAGGACAAACAUCUUUCUAUAAUUAACCUUUUUGAUGCUGGAUUCCCAUUCCCAUUUACGAAUUUACUUCUGAUGUUUUGAAGGUUUAGAUCUCUAGAUCUAGAAGUUGGGUUUAGAGAUCAUAGAGUCUUGAUGACAUUUUGUCGCUGCAAUCCAGUUUCCUGACCAAAAUAACAAAAGUACAAACUAUGCGUAUACAUGCAGCUAUCUAUCGUGAAGUAAGAAUUGGAGAGAGGUCUUGACCAGUCUAAAACUAAAGCGGAAAGAAAGCUGGAGGAGGAAGCCGAGGCUGCGAAGCGUGCUCGGGGCUCCGAUCAUGGCGCUCGUGCGUUUGCAUUUUCGCCACCAGGCCGCGGGGGCGCGGCAUUCGAAGCUCACCCCGCAGUAAAUGUGGACUCCGCGAACACGCGCGUCGGCUUUGGAGGGCAGGCACGACUGUGGGAUAGUAAGGCGGGCGCACCUGUGCGAGCGGACGAGAGCCUGACCGGAAGCGUGGUUGGUGAAGUGAAAGUUUCGAACACGGACGGAUCUGAUACGCGGAUGCCGGAUUACCACCCUACCUACGGUUACGGAGGGAGGCCUGGAACGUUUGGAGCUGGAAGCCACCCUAUCUACGAUACCAGCGCCGACAGCGCUCAAAAUGCAGGUGUCCACAAUCUAGUGUUUCGCGACACACUCUCAGGACGUGAGUUCAAUGCUCAAGGGGAACACAUUGGCUCUUUUGAUCCGAGAAGUCCGGGUCUCAAUGCGGGACAACUCCGGGGAACCGAUUCGGUCAAGGAGGCAGCUCGCAUUCCUGAAGAGCCGAUAUUCGGAAGCAACCAGAAGACGAAUGAGCUGCUAACGCUCAGAUUGGCACAAGCGCCUGCGCCUCCAGAAGCUGCCGCUAUUGCCAAUGGACUCUUUGGUGAAAAUGGACCAGAUCCACGAAAACAACACGCAGAUCAUGCGAACGGACGAGAUCCUCAUGGCGGUCCGUCUUCUUCGCCUUCGUUUGACUUUGACAACACUGCUUCAUCAGGAACGCGGGAUGAUAGCAGCGACAUAGGUGCAGAAGAAGCUGGAGCAGAACUAAGUAUUAAACGAGCUGAAGAUGGUGAUAGUGCACGUGCAGGAGGAGGCAGAGGUGGUCAUGCACCUAGUACAACAGGAAGUGUGCAGGGAGCGCCGGCAUCUCGUGCCACUUCCAGAGACUUCUCGCCGGCUCCGCACGAAGCAAGCACACCAAAAGAGCAAGAUGACCAGGCGAAACAUCAAGCUCGAGCUCGACUUCACCCGGCGCAGGGAGGGCCGAGGAAUCGAAGUUCAGAUAUUACUGCAAGUCCAGCAGGUACUGCAAAACUUGGGCACACGACAGGGCGAAACGUAAGAGAAGUGGAAGAUAAUGAAGACGAAAAAGAUGAAGAAGAAGACAGCGCUGAAGAAGAUGAAGACAGCGCUGAAGAAGACAGCGCUGAAGAAGGCAGCGAUGAAGAAGGCAGCGAUGAAGAUGGAGAUGAGGAAGAAGAUUCCUCCUUCAUGCAGACACUUCGGAAGAAAGGAGGCUCUCCACGAAAUCCGGAGCAUUAUGAAGAUCGCAGAUUGCGCACUCGCAAGAGCCGAAGAACGCCCAACAAAAUGCUCGGUAAAUGGACGCGUGAACAAGGUGAAGAACGAAGCGUCAACAAAAAAGAACAACGACACGGCACUGUAGCUGGAUAUCUUUCCAGUAGCAGCGCAAUUGGGUCGUUCGUUCAGAGUGCGGUUAGCUUUUUCUCGAGUUCGUUUGCGGAGGAGCACACCCAUGAAGAACAGGAUCACCCGAAAGGACCCGUUGAGCAAGCGCAAAGUAGUGCACAACAGGAUCAGGCAGGGGAGAAUAAAAAGGAUGAGACCGAGACGACCAAAAAAGGAGAAAGCAGUCCAGAGGAAUCGUCAAAACAAGAACAAGAAACGCAGGAGAAGACUGUGACGGAGGACUCAGAAUCUUACACGGGCACACAGGAAGGUGGCCACGGUGAACAUCGGCGAAAAGAACCUGAGUCACCAGAGCAACCGCCAGCCGGUCAACAGUCUGUCGCCUUCGAUGUCGCAAAGAUGGGGGGAGCCCGUAUCGAGAGUCUGCGAAACGAGUUGAUACAGAAUGUUGAGCGGCGUGUGUCACAAGAUCGCUCAACGCCAGAUGGAGUGCCUCUAUCAGUGACCGCACACUUUCACUACGACGAGAAGCGAAAAGAGCUGAGCGUAUCGCUGACGACAUCAACAUCUAAGGAUAUCACACGCCCAGUCGCUAUCUCGAAGGAUAUAGCCAAUGAGAUCCUCGAAGAGAUUGCCGCAAUCUUCACAACCACUGACCGCGAGGUAACGCAAUUGCAGGGCACCUCCCGUACCGUCGACAUAGAGAAGUCUGCAGAGUCAACAGGUAAGAGCACUGAAGCCGACGCGGCGACGUCGUCUCCGACGUCAGGACCAGAAGGUAGCGCGUCUAGCGCAAACAACGGGCAGCAGUCCACAGCUGAUCCAGCGGAAUCGGUCAAGUUCACCCACAUGCAGAGGCGGUACUCCUUCUGCCUCUGGAUUUCAACGCUACUUAUCAUUUCAGUGCGUUAUAAUAAGUAUGCAGAUGCACUCGGUAAUAUGCUGAACACUCUGUCCUAGUACGAGUGAUUAUCAUUCAUCUGCUCAACAUUUCAUUAAUCAAUGAACAUCUUCAGGUUGGAUCCCGGAGACCAAUCGGCAGGUCAAGGACCGCCUCUGAUUCCCUGGCGCGACGAUGGGAGUGACCUCUUCACGACGGGCGAUCCAGGGUGGCUCAUUUCCAUUGGAUUCAAAGAGCGCAAUGACGCACCGGAAGCAGAGGCAGACUUGCAGCGAUUGCGGUUUCAGUUGCGCGAACAGAUUUCUCAACACAUAUCUAACCUCGACCCGACACAGAAAGGCGUGCGGGUAUUUGCCAAACUGACGCACUCAACUGCGCGGGGCGUGUUGCAAGAAGUGAUUGCGCAAGAGUCACCAAAAGGACAGGUACAAUUUCAAUUCGUCCUGCUUUUCGAAGUCCUGAUGUACGGUUUGCUCUCAUCUGCUCAAUGCACAUCCUUGAGAACUACGUAACGUCUGGAUCUGGACUCCACGGGUUUCCAGUGUUUUCUAGGGCUGGCUUAUCAAGACCACGGCCAGAACGUUCGUCUAAGGUCUCUCUCAUUUUCUUUCUCAGGGCGCGCACGCUAGCUACCACGGAGAUAAGCUAGAUGAGGAGCGCAUGCAGCUACUGUCGACAUAUGAGCUUGCCAUGCGGAAUGCGGCAGACAGUAACUUGGCAGAUGGACAGCGUGCGCUUGAGGAAGCGCGAGCUGACCAGGCACUUGAGGGUCUGGCCGCCAGAAGCAAGGCAGAUGACAAGUCAAAAGACGGAACUGCGGAAGGAGCGUCAGCGCCCACUGCAAGCGAAGCAGCAUCAACGUCCAGCGCCGCAAAAGAUAAAACGGAAGCUGCUGGCUCCGCACGUGACGAGCCACCGACUCCCGAAAAUGGAGCGUCGGCGCCAAUCGCAGUUUCGUUUCUGCAGGAGUUCUCUGAAAAUGAAGAUCGAGAUGAAGGAAAUGAAGCUGUGCAGGCACUUCGGUCUUCUUCUCUCGUUGAGCAAGGGGAGCAGUAUCAUGAACAUCAUAGAACGAAGCAUAAAAAAAAACGGAGAAGAACAACUACAAAAGAAGGGAAAAUGAAGCUAGGCGAAGCAAGGAAACAUCUGAAGAGAAGUAGCUUAGCGGAAGGGAGCGACGAAGAGGAAAACGCUGAGAACCUCGAAUUGCACUACGACGUUAGAAUGCAGCCGACGAAUGCAGUGAAUUGGGGAUCCACUGAGCUGCGAAAGUCGGUCGCAAGAGUGCUGCUAGACCUGGUUCCUGCGAUUGUCCAGGUCUCCGUCACUCCAGGAGUGCAGGCGGCAGCACCACCUAAUGGACUCGAAGCGGAUCCGAGUGCAGAGCCUGUCACUGUUUGGAAAAAUGCGGAUGGAUCGGCAAGUGAUGACCCGGUGCCAAUCGUCUUGCCGCCCAAAGAUGGAACGUCACAGGGUGAAGCUGAACAGAAGGGCUCGUCGUGUUCGGUUACGCUGAUUCUAGUCAUCUUUGUUUUGCUUCUCAUGCUCAUUGGUGGUGUAGCUGUGGCCUGGCAGCUGGGAUACCUUGACUCAGUAGCCAUCAGCUUGGGCUUCUCGACUCCUGCUUCUUCGUCGACAACAGAUAGUGCAACGGCUGCGCUUCCAGCAGACGAACAGGGCUCCUUCGGAGGUGAGCAAAGCGGUGAAGGCAAUCGAGUCGGGGGUAUAAAAAAUGUGGAGCUUCCAAAAAAGCCACCUUCAGCUUCAACAAGCGCUGCAGCGGCGCGAACUUCAGCGACAACAAGUGUAGUAAACAAAAAAGCAGCUCCGAAUCCCAGAGCCAGACCUGAUGGAGAAGCGAUGGAUGUUGUGGUGGAGAGCGGCGAAGCGAUGACUGGAUCUGCGCCAGGAAACCGUGCGAGUAACAGGAGUGCAUCACCGGUGGCAGCAGCUUCUAAGAGCAGUACAGGCGCAACAUCGAAAGCAGCACCAAAAGCAGCAGCCGGGAAGGCUGCUUCUGCCUCAGGCGCAACGGCUGGUGGAGCAUCAACGACUAAAACUACCGCACCUGCUGAUCCUCGAUUCCAUGAUCUCGAAAGACGCAACUUCGUCCCCGAGGCGCCUCCGCAGUGCGGAGGACCGCUCUUUGAUGUCGGUGCUCUGGCUACUGCAAAAGGUGGCAAACAGACAAAAGCAUCAUCUCCACCCGCAGGCGGAAAAGACCCGAGUAAGGCUGGAACAACAGGCCAGAUGCCUGCAAUGGCGAAACAGAAGAUGCCGCCUGGUGCGGACAAGGGUAGAAUGCUGCUUGGUGCGGACAAGGGCAAGAUGCCCCUUGGUGCGGACAAGAGCAAGAUGCCUGCAGCGGGCCAGGCAGUGGCGAUUGAUAAGGGCAAAGGUCCGGCUAGCGAGGUGCUAACACCACAGCAAAUGAUGCAAAAAAAAGGCCAGAAAGGUGGACCCGUAGACCCAACGCAUUCGCCACAGCAGUUGAAGUGGUUGAAAGGUGCCGAGCAGGAUGCCAAAAUGGGGAAAAUGCGACCAGGAGGCGGUAAAAAACUUCCUCCGCAGAAAGGCAGUGAGGGGUCGGCGAUGCCACCAAAGAUGCCACCACAUGGGGGAGUCAAGGGGACACCAACGAAAGGUGUGCAAAAAGUUUGAGUACAUAGUUAGUCUUAGACUUGGCUGUACACAACAUGAGCUGAUACUAUUUUACAAAUGACCGGCGACAAAGUUAUGAUCAUCAUCUUCAAAAAUGUGCAUAUGGAGAUAGAUGAAGAACCUCAAAUGAAUGUGCAUAGAGAUAGAUGAAGAACCUCAAAUGAAUGUUAUGGUCGGCAGCAGGUACGCAUGGGAAAGGAAAUGUUUUAUUUUUGUAUCGUUCGACAAGGACAUUUCACAAACAAACAAACUAGUAGUUUGAUGUGCUUCUUUUUACGGGGAAAGCGCACCACUAAACACCAAAAUGUCUAGCAAACUGUACUAUGUCAGCACACAACUUUCGUUAAAAGAGCUUUUUUUAGUUUUAUCUGCAAGUACUUAGACGCACAAGUAGUAUUCAUUUUCAUUUUCCUGCUCAAAGUCAAAAAUCCACAUGCUGGAGCUGCACCGACAAGUGUUAUUUAUUUCGUAGCCAAUCGGCGUCGUUCUCCUAAAACUACAACAAGGAAAACUUCAAAGUGUUGAGCUCUUACAAUCGCACCACUUGAACUUGUUUUCGGCACCGCGAGUCAUUAUUCCUAUGCAGUCCUCCACAGGCCGCUGUGAUGAUCUAAUACCGUUUACGAAAUCUUGUGCAUUUUUGAGCACCUACUCAUCAGGAAGAUAUUUAUUAGUAGAACAUUUGUCAUGAUUAUUUACUCCUACAUUUGUGAUUUUAAUUGUCUUGUUUGUUCGACAUCGACAGGAAGUCACGUUAAUGCAUUAGCUAAAAAUGCGCAGAGAAAUGCAUAGUAGGAGCUGGAAGACAGAACAUUUUGAACACUAAAUCAACGUAAGCCGUCAGAGUCAAUUAUUGCUCUAUAUGAGCUGAGCAAA